CCGCCUUCUGAUCAAAGGUGGGAAGAUUGUGAAUGAUGACCAGUCCUUUUACGCUGAUGUGUAUGUGGAAGAUGGCUUGAUAAAACAAAUUGGAGAAAAUCUCAUCGUUCCUGGGGGCAUCAAGACUAUCGAUGCCCAUGGUCUGAUGGUCCUGCCAGGUGGAGUGGAUGUCCACACAAGGCUGCAGAUGCCUGUCCUGGGCAUGAACCCAGCUGAUGAUUUCUGUCAGGGCACCAAAGCCGCCCUAGCAGGAGGGACCACCAUGAUUCUGGACCACGUGUUCCCUGACACGGGUGUGAGCCUGCUGGCAGCCUACGAGCAGUGGCGGGAACAAGCAGACAGCGCGGCCUGCUGUGACUACUCCCUGCACGUGGACAUCCCCCGCUGGCACGAGAGCAUCAAGGAGGAGCUGGAGGCCCUGGUCAAGGACAAGGGUGUGAACUCCUUCCUGGUCUUCAUGAUGUACAAGGACAGGUACCAGUGCACCGAUGGCCAGAUGUACGAGAUCUUCAGCAUCAUCCGGGACCUGGGGGCCUUGGCCCAGGUGCACGCGGAGAACGGUGACAUCGUGGAGGAGGAGCAGAAGCGGCUGCUGGAGCUCGGCAUCACCGGCCCUGAGGGCCACGUGCUCAGCCACCCCGAGGAGGUGGAGGCUGAGGCUGUACAUCGAGCCAUCACCAUCGCCAAGCAGGCCAACUGCCCGCUGUACGUGACCAAAGUGAUGGGCAAGGGGGCAGCGGACGUGAUCGCCCAGGCCAAGCGCAGAGGGGUGGUCGUGUUUGGGGAGCCUAUCACCGCCAGCCUGGGCACCGACGGCUCACACUACUGGAGCAAGAACUGGGCGAAGGCUGCAGCCUUUGUCACGUCGCCCCCCGUCAACCCAGACCCCACCACAGCAGACCACCUCACCUGCCUGCUUUCCAGUGGGGACCUCCAGGUGACAGGCAGCGCCCACUGUACCUUCACCACUGCCCAGAAGGCCGUCGGCAAAGACAACUUCACGCUGAUCCCCGAGGGUACCAAUGGCAUCGAGGAGCGCAUGUCUGUGGUCUGGGAGAAGUGCGUGGCCUCUGGGAAAAUGGAUGAGAAUGAGUUCGUCGCAGUAACUAGCACAAACGCUGCCAAAAUCUUCAAUUUCUACCCGAGAAAGGGGCGAGUGGCUGUGGGCUCGGAUGCUGACCUGGUCAUAUGGAACCCCAAGGCCACCAAGAACAUCUUUGAAGGAGUUGAGUGCCGGGGAACCCCUGCAGUGGUCAUAAGCCAGGGCCGAGUGGUGCUGGAGGACGGGACCAUGUUCGUCACCCCAGGGGCCGGCCGCUUCAUUCCUCGGAAGACGUUCCCAGACUUUGUCUACAAGAGGAUAAGGGCUCGCAACAGGCUGGCGGAGAUUCACGGUGUGCCCCGCGGGCUCUACGACGGGCCGGUCCACGAGGUGAUGGUGCCCGCCAAGCCGGGGAGCAGUGGCCAGUCCCGCGUGUCCUGCCCUGGCAAGAUCUCAGUCCCACCCGUGCGCAACCUGCACCAGUCGGGAUUCAGCCUGUCUGGCUCUCAGGCGGACGACCACAUCGCCAGACGCACCGCCCAGAAGAUCAUGGCGCCCCCUGGCGGGCGCUCCAACAUCACCUCUCUUUCCUAGACCUCCAGGACUUGGGAUCCAGCAAGUCGCGCCGUCCCCACCCGGCAGAUGGCCACGGGGACCGCCCGCCUCCAUUAGCUUUUUCCUUUGUAGACGUUAUUUAAAGGGUGCUCGGCCUUGCCUUCCCCUCCCCCACAGCUCUCCUCUUGGGGUCCCAGGUCCUGCUGCGAGGAGAUCCCUUGACAGAGGGCUGAAUCUGGGGCGAUUUCACUGCCAGGGUGAGGAGACGCCAUGGAACAGGGACAGUCCGGGGGGCCCCGAGCCCGGGUGCCUGGUCCACCUUGGUGUGGAGGCAAGGCUGGCUCCCCCUAGGCUAUGGGCACCCCCGGGGCUUCAUAGAGGGCACGGGAAAAGCUGGAUGCCAGGCUUCGAGUUUGGAACCCGAGAGGGUCCAGGUGCUGCCGGGUGGGUGUUGGCUGCCUUCUCCCCAUUACUAGUCACUGCCUCGAGGAAGCCCCGCUCCCCAGUGCUGAGACACAGCCUCCUCGGAGGCCCGGCCCCCGUCGGCCUUCAGGGAGGAGGCUGCGAGCAGAGCCCUCCUGCCCCACAGAGCUGCUGAGACUUCAGGGAUCCAUCAGUAACUUGGUGUAGUGCAGCUCCCUGUCCACAUGUCCAAGGGCCAAACCUAAGCUUUCUUCGUAGCCCUCCUCCGGGGAGGUCUUGCAACUCUUUAGCCAAUACACUCUCCUUUUAUUACAGAAUGUGUAUUUCCAUAGGCUGCUUAGAUGAACAGUUUUGUACAGUGAGGACGCCUGUAGCCAGGAACUUGUGCAUGCCACCCAGCACCUAGACAGGGGCAGUCGUCCCGAGUUUCAAGUGAAUUGGGUCAAUUAAAGGUGUCUGGGCUAGAAGCCG